AUGUCGACCACACGAACGUCAGACACUCACGACUAUCAGAGUUCUGUGGCAAGCAGCAAUUUCAGAGACGCUCUUCAAGACCACAGUCUCGAAUUACGCGAGUCGAGGAACGGUGAUUAUGUCGAUUGGAACACGAGCGCACGCGAUUAUCCCAGGAACUGGUCAUGGUAUCCCACUGGGUACACCUUGACGGUUGUUCUCGUAUGGUCAAUGUUUACAACAAUUCUGACGACGAUCGGUACCUCUGCUUCCGUGGUUGCACAAGAACAGUUCGGAUUUGGUGAACAGAUUGGGUUCCUCAUCUUCACAACCAGUACCCUGAUAGGCGAAGGAAUAGGAGGUGUAUUCUUUGCACCACUGUCCGAAUCAUUCGGUCGAAAAACAAUAUACAUCUCCGGCUCCGUGCUUGCUACGGUGGCUUGCGGUAUCAGUGCUGCUCCGCAUAUAGCCGCCAUUGUGAUCGGACGUUUCCUGACUGGCGUUGCGUGUGCCAUUCCACCAUCAAUUUCUGCAGGAAUUAUUGAAGACAUGUUUGAGGAGCCCCUCCGACUCAACUGGGCAAUCUUCAUAUGGACAACUGUCUCGAAUUCAGGUCUCAGCAUUGGGCCUAUCCUCUCAGGAUACCUAGUUACUAUAGGAUGGCAGUGGCCUUUUUACGUGGCAACGAUCACAGCGUUCGCAUUGACCAUUCUGUCUCUGGGCAUGAAGGAGUCAAGAGCCUCACGUCUGCUAACCAAGAAAGUCCACGAGGUAGAACAUGUGACACAUUCGUCUCAACUCAACACAAGAAACGUGGAUACUUUUCCUAGUCGGAAAGAGUUCUUCAGGCUGGCACUACUUCGUCCACUUAGAUUGCUCUUCUUCGAACCAAUCAUCUCUGUUUCUGCAAUGAUUGCUGCAACUGUGUUCGGUCUAGCUUAUGGGUUGACUGCGGGCUUGACUGUGGUGUACGCCCAAUUCGGAUUUUCGGACCCGAACACGUCUCUGGCUUUCAUACCGAUCCUUCUGGGCCUAUUACUCUCUGUCACUCCCAGGAUCUACGACCACUGGAGAUGGAAGACAGCAUCAGAGGAGGAACUUGAAAAAAUCCAGUCUUGUCCUGAAGCAAAACUGUGGUCGUUUGCCAUUGCUGUGCCCGUGUUCGCCGUUGGGCUAUGGCUCUUUGCUUGGACAAUCCUGCCGACAGUAUCGACGCAUUGGCUAGUCUCUAUGAUCGGCUUGGUAUUCUUUGGAUAUGCUCUGAACGACAUCAACUUCGUGCUCGCCGGGUAUCUCACAGAUAGCUAUAAGAGCUAUGCAGCUUCAGCAUAUUCGGGAGUCGUAAUGUCUCGUGCAGCGAUAUCUUGUGGAUUCGCACAGGGUACUGAGCCUUUCUUUAUUGCACUUGGACCGAACGUCGCGGUCUCGAUAUUGGCUGCGGUUGCAACCAUCUUUUGUAUAGCUCCGCCUGUGUUCAUUAGAUAUGGCGGCAAGCUGCGAAGUAAGAGUUCGUUUGCACAAGCUACAUCGCAACCCAUAAAGGACGAACCAUGA